AUGUCGCGCGCUAUCCAACGUCUUAUGAAAGAUUAUAAAAAGGCGGAGAAGUUAAUAGGUCGUUCAGCAAAUGAAUCGUUUGUUGAUUUUACCAAUACAGCUUCAUUUACAACUCAAGCCAUGGCUCAAAUACGACGUGAGCCCGAAUUGACACAAGAUGAGAAAAAAUUUCUUGUUGCUGCUGAACGCGGUGAUAUAGCUACAACUCGUCGAUAUCUUGCUGCAUCAUCGGGAACAUCGUCAGUUUUACUUGAUGUUGACAUGCCAAUUUCAGAAAUUAAUAUUAAUUGUCUUGAUCCAUUGGGCCGAACUGCACUGUCCAUAGCCAUUGAAUAUGAAAAUAUUGAAAUGAUUGAGCUAUUACUUAGCUAUAAUGUGGAUACAGGUGAAGCUUUAUUACAUGCGAUCGAUGAAGAAUUCGUUGAGGCUGUCGAAUUACUUCUUCAACAUGACGAUCUAAAGCAACAACGGUACAAGAGCAGCAUUAAUCUAGAUAACAAUCGAUAUUCAAAUAAUAUUAACAUAAUCGAUAAAUCAAAUCCAUUGUUCACAUUGGCUCAAGAUGCAUUAGAAAAAGAAAAAAAUGACCAACAACAAUAUGAUGUUACUCAAAAGCUGAAAUUGGCUUGGUCUCAUUUUCGUCCGGCAAAGUCAAAUCUAUCGCCGACACAUGUUGCUAGCACUGCUGCUGCUGCUGCUGCUGCUGUUGUUGAUGAUGAUGAUGAUGAUGAGGUGCAUGAACAACUUAAUUUGAGCACAUCUAGAUCAUAUACGCCUGACAUUACCCCGGUUGUGUUAGCUGCACAUCGAGACAAUUAUGAAAUACUUAAAAUACUACUUGAAAGAGGAGAAAAAGUUACUGAACCUCAUGAUGUUCGCUGUGAUUGUGCAAACUGUAUUGUAUAUAAUAAAGAAGACAGUUUGAGACAUUCACGAUCACGUAUAAAUGCGUAUAAAGCUUUAUCGUCGCCAUGUUACAUAUCGUUGUCAAGUCGGGAUCCAAUAAUGACCGCAUUUGAUUUAAAUCGUGAAUUAAAACGUUUGUCACGCAUUGAAAAUGAAUUCAAACAAGAAUAUGAACAGUUAGCUCAACAAUGUCAAGAAUACAGUGCUGCUCUAUUAGCUGAAACGCGUUCAUCAAAAGAAUUAGAAAUAAUAUUAAAUUAUGACUCAGAAAAUCCACCUGUACUAUCGGAAACAAAUGAAAAAAUGCAUUUAUCAAGAUUGAAAUUAGCUAUACGUUAUAAACAAAAAAAAUUUGUUUCCCAUGCACAUUGUCAACAGUUACUUGCUUCUCUGUGGUAUGAAGGUCUACCUGGAUUUCGACGACGCCAUUCAGUUAUCAAAAUGUUAAUAACCACAUUAGUUGGUCUACUUUUCCCAGUAUUAUCUGUUGCUUAUUUAAUGCUGCCACGUAGUAGCAUUGGCCGUAUUAUGCGGCAACCGUUUAUUAAAUUUAUUUGCCAUUCUAUUUCGUAUGUUUUUUUUCUCAUUUUACUUUUUGUUGUUUCAUUACGUAUCGAUUUUGGUAAAUUACUGUCAGGUAUUGAAGCAGAAACAAAUGAAAAACGUGGUCCACCUCCAAAUCCAGUUGAAAUAGCUAUUAUGUUCUAUGUAGCUGGAUUCAUUUGGGCAGAAAUCAAACAACUCUAUCAGGAAGGAUUACAUCAAUAUAUGGCGGAUACGUGGAACUUAUUAGACUGGGUGACAAAUUGUCUUUAUUUAGCUACUAUUGUUCUACGAGUAAUGGCUUAUAUCAGAGUCAAUCAAGAAGAACGUGACCUUCAAGUUGAAUCAUUAGUCGUCCGUAGUUCUCCUAACUCAACCGGUGUACCUACGCAUAAUCACCACAAUCUAUCAUCUGAAGCAGUUAAUAUCUCAACUGGCCAUUAUGUUCGACGACGCGAUUGGAACGCAUGGGAUCCAACAUUAAUCUCUGAAGGAAUAUUUGCUGCAGCGAAUAUUUUUAGUUCAUUAAAACUUGUGUAUAUAUUCACCAUCAAUCCACAUCUAGGACCAUUACAAAUAUCGUUAGGACGUAUGGUACACGAUAUAUUGAAAUUCAGCGUUUUAAUAUUGCUCGUUGCAUUUGCAUUCGCCUGUGGUCUCAAUCAGUUAUUUUGGUAUUAUGCACGAAUGAAAAAGAGUGAAUGUGAAAAUGAUACCAGUUUCGAUGAAUAUUGUUCUAAGGAUAUUCAUAAACAUUUUUCAAAUCUUUUCGAAUCUUUGCAAACACUUUUUUGGGGUACGUUUGGUUUGAUUGAUUUGCAAACUUUUCAAAUCUACAAAAAACAUACAUUUACCAUGUUCAUUGGUUUAACGAUGUAUGGAGUUUACUCGUCUAUAAUGAUUAUUGUUUUACUUAAUAUGCUUAUUGCUAUGAUGAGUAAUUCAUAUCAAUAUAUAGCUAAUUCAACUGAAACGGAAUGGAAAUUUGCACGUGCUAAACUUUGGAUAAGUUAUUUUGAAGAUGGUUGUACUUUACCGCCGCCAUUUAACAUUGUGCCCAGUCCAAAGUCGAUAAGUUACAUAUUUAUAUUUAUCUAUAGCAGAGUAUUUGGUUGUUCGAAAACACAUUUAAGAAACCGAUGGCAAAGCAUAAAGAAAAUACUCAGCAAAAUCAAUGAACGCGAAAUAAAAUAUCAAACAGUCAUACGUGAAUUAGUUAAACGAUAUAUAAUGAAACGUCAACAAAAAGAUCAAACUGAAGGUGUAACCGAAGAUGAUCUAAAUGAAAUAAAACAAGACAUAUCAGCAUUUCGUUUUGAAUUAUUGGAAAUUUUAAGUACGAACGGUUUUAAAGUGCAAUCCUUGAAGAAAAAUCCAGACACAGGAAAAUUCGAACCAGCAGAGGAAGCAAUAAGAUCCGCACGUGUUGGCCGAAAACGUGGUAAAAUGAAUUUAGAGAAAACCAUUAAUAAAAAUAUGUUUGAUAUGUCAACAUCAAUUCGUGAUAAAAAUCCGUUGGAAACACCCGAUUUAAUUAAAACCGAACAGUCAGAUUCAUUGACAACACCAUUGUCGUCAUCAUCUUUAUUAACAAAUCCAAAACAGAAAUUAACAGCUCAAUUUAAACGUGCUAUAACGAUGAUUAAACAACGAAGUGAACCAACACGUGAAUCGUCUCCACCACAAUUACAAACGUCAAUAUCAUUAACUGAAAAACCGAAUAAUUCAUUCGAUACAAAUUUACUAGCAAGCCUAAUUGAAGAAACAACUACCGAUAGUCAACAUCAUUCGUCAACAGAACUUCUAUCAUCGAAAUCAUUGUCAUUUGUGACUAGGAAAUCGUCAAUGAUGCAUUCGUCAUCAAAUCAAGAUACAGAUUCAACUAAUACAAUGGCAGGUACUAUUGUUGGAUUUGAUACAACAGCACGAAUCAAAAGCCAAAAUCCAUCAUCAUAUUUGAUUAAAUCAAAUUUAACAAAGAUUCAAACAUCUCCAGUUCCAACAGUAAAUCAACCGGCGCACUCAUCAGUACAAUUAUCAUCAUCAUCUUCAGCAACCACGAGUCCAACGCCAGCAUCAUCAAUAUCUACGACAGGAUAUUUCCGGUCGUUAAAUGGAAGUCGUGCACCAAUGGCUUCUCCAGAUCCACUUUCCUUAACUUCCGACGAAAGUUGUCACACUCCUGAUAUGGAAAUCUUGUGA